GAGCAGGAGGGCGGGACGCUGCUUGCGCGCUACGUGCAGAAACGCUGUCUUCGUCGCAGCGAAACAUUUCUGAGAGACAGCCUCAUGUGUGUGUAGAGGGGUGUGUGCGCGCGCGUGUGUGUUUCUCUCCGCUGAAUCGCGAGGAAGCUCCGAGAGCUGCGACUUUUCCUCCUCACACACUCACAUUAACGAUUAAUGAGCCUUGGGAAGAAGUGACGCGAUGCGCGCGUUUUCGCUUUAUCUGUAACGUUAAACAGCGUGCGCGCGUAUACACACACACACACACACAACACACACCGACGGGUUGUGUCCGUGAUUCACAGUGUGGCUUUUAAAUACACAGCAUUGGAUCGGAAGAAGAAAGGGAUCUAAAGGAAGAAGAAAAAGAGGACAUCCAUGACCCCGGGUUUGCAGUACGACAAUUUCAGGAUGCCGAAUAUAGGAUUUCAAAACCUCCCCCUCAACAUCUACAUCGUGGUCUUCGGAACUGCCAUCUUCGUGUUCAUCCUCAGCCUUCUGUUCUGCUGCUAUCUGAUACGGUUACGACAUCAGGCACACAAGGAGCUGUACGCAUAUAAACAGGUGAUUCAGAAGGAAAAAGUCAAAGAGCUAAAUCUUCAUGAGAUCUGUGCCGUGUGCUUGGAGGAGUUCAAGCAGAAGGACGAGCUGGGGAUCUGCCCGUGCAAACACGCCUUUCACAGGAAGUGCCUCAUCAAGUGGUUGGAGGUGAGGAAGGUGUGUCCGCUGUGUAACAUGCCCGUCUUACAGCUGGCUCAGCAGCAGGGAACCUCGGAGACGACGGUCCUGACGCAGCAACCCCUGCCUGGCGUGGAGAACCUGGUGUAGCCGUGAUGUCCUCCUCUUUUCCUCUUCCUCCUCCUACCUCCACCCUCACUCGCUCUACUGUACAGGUACACAACGACAACGACGAACGGCGGCGUCCCCGCUUUCCGCCUCGGCAGAUCGAUCGUCCUACGAUCAUGACUGGCGAGUCGUAACCGAGAUCGACGUAUUAUCAUUCUUCUAUAAGGUGGCAGUAAAGAUUCGGACGGUUCUACACCAAAGCACUUUUCCGGGGACGCCGGCGCAAGAGCCGAACACGGACUGUUCGUAAAGCGACAGGAAAAGAAGAACGACGUUACAGUUACAAACAAAAAGUGGGGAUUCUUUGUUGUUUUCUUUGUUGUUUUAACAAGCACUUUACUUGGACUCAAUCUUAAUCUUAAUCGCUUGUGAAGAUAGGAGCAAGUUUUGUAUUAUUUCAAUUAAUUGCAUUAUUACUAUCUAUUUUUCCUUCUUUUUUUUUUUUUUUUUAGUGAUGUAUACGGCACUAUAGAAUUGCGAUCGGUUAACUCGAUACAGUGUGAUGAAGAAGGGAUGACGCUUGUGCACAGUGCUGAAGGGCAAGAUGGAAGUGCACAAUCAUGAAGAACCUACGGACGAAGAGCGUUUGACACGUGGUACGAGCCAGUCACUGACGCUCUGGUGUAGUGCACUAGGAAGGCGGGUUGAAGUAGCUCAUCUGGGCUGAUCCGAGACCAGUUUUGUGGUCAUGUUAUAUUAUAUUCUAGUUAAGGUUUCGGUAUCGGUGCAGAAGAGGAGCGUCUGGAAGACCUCAAGAUGUUGGCCAACCAAAUGUGAGUUCAUAAGAAGCUCAACGAUGGAGGAAAACAUCAUGAUGCUGGCUUCCUCCCGACGUCGCUAGUUUCUAUUAUGGUAGUAAGUCCAUUAUCAGCAUCACGUCCAAACGAAACUAAUCACGGUUGCUUUCUUGCCGCCGUUCACGCACUUGAUCUUAAGUUCCCUUUUACACAAAUCUGAACGUCCUUCUCCAUUGUGUAAAAAGAGACAGUGUUUUUAGUCGGAUCAAAUCAACCAGCAGCCCUUAAAAAAAACAAAAAAACCCUCAUCCACACUGCACUCACUUGCCCUAAAAAAAAAAAAAGAAAGAAAGAAAGAAAGAAAGAAAAAGAGCAUUAUUUAAGUUUAGGCUCCCCUAAAAAACCGUGUCCUGUUUUUCAACCUACUGAAUCGAUUUCAGUAUCAGAAUACAUUUCAAAUGGAAGACUCUUGAAACCAAGAAGCGUGAUUUGAAACGGUCACCUCUUCUCGAACGACUGAGUUUGCAGACUUGCAAUGGACUUGUUUUUUUAAACAAUUUUUAAAAUCGACACUCGCGCGGUAUUUUCGCGUGGGACGAGUCCGUCGGUGUCGUUUAACGUGUAAAUAGUUGAGAAAAGGACAAAAAAAAAACAAAAAAAAAACGAGCGAUAUCGAGGUCACGUUGCGAGUGACAAACACUUAGCAAGCACUUAGCUAGCGAGCUGUUUUAUGAAGGCACGUCCGAAUUAUACUCCGGGCCUGACAUGUUCCUAAACCAUUUUCAGUCCUUACAAGUUAGUAUUGUAAGAUGUACAGAAUCAAAUCCGCUAGCUCAAACAGUAGGAAAGGUCCUGACUGGGAGACUCGUGUCCCUGUGCAUCAUUUAUGUAAAAAUCGUGACCUUUUUGUUUGCUGUGAAUCUUGUCUCGCUCUCUGUUACGCAGUGGUGCUCCGGUCAGGUCGAAGCAGUACGUACACAGCCCUUACCCGACGCUACAAACAUAAACGCUACAAGUCAAGUCGGUCACAUGAGCGUCCCAGAGGAACCCGCAUCCAUGUUUACGGACGGUUCCGACUGUGGUGUGUACAUCCCAGAGCCGGCGAGGUUCCAGCAUCGCUCAGCAUAAGUGUUCCAGCACUUUGUAUCUGAUACACAAAGAGCUGUGAAUGCAUUAACAGCUGCAGCACUUCAGUCAGCAGGUUGCACCUUUAUUGAGUGUGUGUUCUGGUGCUUUCCCCACGGCUGCAUUGUUGUUCGCGGUGUAGAGUGCUGCGUAGGCCACUUUCAAUGCAGGUCAGAGGCUUUAAAUAGAUCUCGUGGGUUAAAAUUUCAUGAAAGCGGAAGGCGCUCCGCGUCGCAGUGGGAAUAGUGGUGCAAGCUUUGCUCAUUUUAGUGCCGUGCGUUCCAAUUCCGCGUUUUAGGAGAGGUGCUCGGAAAAUCUCGUCACGGUAUAAGGACGUCCGUUUGUUUGAUCGCGUCCAGGGUUUUGCCAAGAAUGUAAUUUAAUUUUACACACUCAUCUCAAUAUGGGUGCGUGUUCGUGAGCGGAGAAGUUCACGUCUUAAAGGAUUCUGACUUACAGACCGUAAAUCUUUUACGACGAACGAUCCGUGCAAAGACGUGAACAUCCGGAUCGAACCGCGCCGAACAGAAGAAAUAAAAGAUACAGUGUUACAGUGUUCAAAACACAGGAAGUGAUACCGGUGUCUCCUGGCUGUGACAUAAUAACGUUAACGUAAAUAUACGUCAUCGUGUCUUUAGCAUGUCUGCGAGGAACGUCGUGAAGAACGUUGAUUCGAACUCCCCCGCUGUCUGUUAGAGCCUUGACACGCCGAGCCGACCGAGAAGCCAUCGCUAAGCGUCUAGCCGGCUGUUGUUCGGACUUCUCGGAUCUCGUUAAGCCCGAUUUCAGCCAAUCAUAGCAUGGAUUCCCCUGGGGCUCUGGGCAGAGCAUGCUAACGUAGAAUUCCAAGUACUAGUGUUCGACGACACACCAGUGUCCUUCGCGCUCACGUAGAACGUACGUGGUUGUCGUUUGACGUCUUCACGAUGUGUUUGAUAAAAGACAAAAGUGAUUUCCAUAAAAGACAGCAACUACAGGAGUAUUAAUACGAACCCCCGAUUACACGCCACUGCCCCCUCCUGGUUUAUUUGCCUGCAGACGCAGAACGUACAUACGUAUUGGUCGCGAUUUGUCGUCUUUGUGGUACGUUCUAGGUCAACUUGGCUUGAAAGAUCUGUGACAAUAGAAUGUAGUUGUGAUGUGUCGCGUGUCCAUAUCGUUCGUAUUAUUACGGACGAUUAUUAGCGCUUACUACGUUCGCGUUAUCGCGUACGAUUACAACGACAGGUUACGCGCUACUGCCCCCUUUCUGCAGAGGAGAGGUUUGAUUGAAUGCAGACACACAACGUACGUGCGUGUUGAUCGUCGUUUUUAACAUUUUUGGUCGUUGCGGUACGUUCGAUGUCAACGUUGCGUAAAAGAUGCGCGACAGUAGAAAACGGUUAUUAAGUGCAGCCUCUUUGUUUAUGUUUAUUCAUAUUAUAACAAAUGAUUAAAAACACUAAUAAUGCAAAUGAUGCAUUGUUAUUAUGUUGCGAUAUCAUGAACGCAGAUUUUGACACUACUGCCCCCUGCUGGUGUGGAGAGCUUUCUUGGUCCUCUGAGAUGACAGUUAGACACUAGGAGGCAGUUAUUAGUAUAUCAUCAUAUGAUUACCAGAACACAUCAAUACACGUCAAUUAUCGUCUAUUACCAUGUCACAAAUUGUGCACUACUGCCCCCUGCCGAUGCAGAGAAAUUUGUCGGUGAUCAUUUGCCGUACGACUAAGCUCGACUUUGUUGUUAGUGCAUCUUUAUAUUAUUAUUUGUGUUAUUACUUAUGAUUAUAAACAGAGUACACACUACUGCCCCCUCCUGGUGUGGAGAAGUUCUCUUUCGCGCAGAUGCAGAACAUUUGUGCAUUGUUUGGUCUUCGUUUGUUGUACAUUUUUGGAGGAAUCGGAGGAAGUCAUCGGUGUACCUUGGUUGACCCUCGAUGUUUGACGAUGGCUCGGUGUGUCAUGGCUCUUAGAAGACACAAAGAUCACUGAGAUGUGAGUUAAAUGCCACUUGAUGUUGGCCUCGUUCUCAUUGUGAAAGUCCGAGGACUUUAGAGCAGAGUCGUUUUUGAACUGUUCGCGUAAUUAAUCGUCCGGAUUGUAGGCUCCGGCCUGGAUAUUGUAUAGUUCGUUCCUUCACCCCAGUCCUGUCCUGUCCCGUCAUAACCCUGAUGGUUUGUGGUGUACAGUGUUUUCUAGCGUCGCACGUCCUCAUGUCCUGCGUUUGACCUCUUAACCCUUGCAUUCACACACUUACCCCCCCCCCCCACCCCACCCCCCCCCCCCCUCCCCUGUGUUUAACACUGAUAAUGUUUGUGACGCUCACAGACAUGGUUGUAAAACUAAGAAUUCUGCAGCAGAAUAUUUUUUUUUUUUGGAGACAUUCUUGCUUGUACAGUAUUUGUAAGCUCUAUUUUUGUAUAUUUAAUUGACAUUUUGGAGAAAAUAAAAAGAGAAAAAAAGAAGGAAGAUGUUAUUUUAUUUUAUUUGUUGUUUUGCUAAUUUUGUUUUAUUCAUUAAAAAAAUUGUUGCAUGUGAUUGACUUGAACUGUAAAUAAAAAUUACCACAUUUUGGAGGUAACAAAAGCAGAA